UACGUGCCCCGAGCCCUUUAAACAUACUGUACGUGCAAAGAUGGCAGCUCAAGUCGACUUGCUCCGUGCGAAAGUAAACGACGAACGGAUAAGGGACAGUUUCGACAGAUUCAUUAAAGAGAAGAAAAAGAAAAGGGAUUUGUCGCCGUCGGCCGACAGAAGAGAAAGAUGUGAGAAAGAGGCGAAAAAGGUGAAGCUCCAUCAUCAUCACAACCACAGCCAACAGCUCGCCGAGAACCAGAGCCACCGACCACAUCAGCUGCAGCAGAACCCAAAAGCCCAGACCUCCAGCUCGGAUAAACACGUCCUGCACAUCCACCAUCACCACCACCACGGCCAGCACCAUCACGGUCUCACUGACGGUGCCAAGAAGAGCCUGCAGCCCGCUUUCCCAGCGCAGAAGCGAGCCGUGCCCCCCCAGCCACCUGCGCUCUUCACUUUCACGCCCCUCAAAGUGGUGAAGGCCCAGCCGCAGGAGCUCCAAGACAAACACCGGGAGAAGGAACCCAAGCUGAAGCUGAAGAAGGAGAACUCCGAGGCUAACGUGAAGCAUCCCGAAAUAAAGAAGAAGAAAGAGUUGAUGCCCAACAAUGAAAAUGGAAAGUCUCUAACACUAGAGGAAUAUCUUUUGAAGAAGAAGAAAAAGAAGAAGAAGCAUCGCGAUGAUGGUCAGGGUGCCAAGAAGGUCCGACAUGUACACACCAAAGCGGUUCAGACUGUAUGCGCAGGGCUUGGCGCUGAUCUCACAGCUCUCAUUAACCCCGAAGCUUCUCUCCCUGCCGCGAUAAAUCAAGAAAGCACUCUGCAUCUUGGCAGAGAACCUGUCAACACCUGCCCACCUUACCUCCAAGCACUCAAAAUAGGCCACGCCCCUUUCCUCUCUCAUCAAGACCACUACAUCCGCAGUUCCUGCCUCCAGACUGGUACCAGCUAUGGACGUUUUAUUCACGAAGAAAAGCAGCCGAACGGAGGCGGCUUUGUGCUGCACGCUUAUGCUGAUGAGUUGGCGUGCCUCAGUCCAGAUGAGAUGCAGGGCUUCGCCCAGGAGUUACUGAAGCUGACCUUUGCUGAGAAGCCCAAAGGUGCAGCGGUGUACGCCUUGACGGUGAUCCACGGGGCGGCUUCCUACCUACCUGAUUUCCUAGACUACUUUGCCUUCAAUUUCCCCAACACACCCGUUAAAAUGGAAAUACUGGGCAAGAAAGACAUCGAGACCACCACUAUUAGCAACUUCCAUGCUCAGGUGAGCCGGACUUAUUGUUCAGGAACGUACCGAGCCGGACCCAUGAGGCAGAUCAGCCUGGUCGGAGCCGUGGACGAAGAAGUCGGAGACUAUUUCCCAGAGUUCUUGGACAUGCUUGAAGAGUCACCGUUUCUCAAGAUGACCCUGCCUUGGGGGACUCUGUCCAGUCUGAAGCUCGACUGCCGCUCCCAGAGUGACGACGGACCAAUUAUGUGGGUGCGACCGGGAGAGCAGAUGGUCCCGACGGCUGAUAUGCCCAAGUCUCCAUUUAAGCGUCGCAGGUCUAUGAAUGAAAUAAAAAAUCUGCACUACCUGCCAAGGGCCAGUGAACCCAGAGAGGUUCUGUUCGAGGACCGGACCAAGGCCCAUGCUGAUCAUGUAGGCCAGAGUUUCGACUGGCAGAGCACAGCCGCUGUGGGAGUUCUGAAAGCUGUGCACUUUGAAGAAGGGGAUAACCGUCCUCGGAUUACUAAGGAUGUGGUGUGUUUUGAUGCUGGUGACUUUAACGAGGUGGUCCAGAGGCUGCAGCUGGAUCUGUAUGAGCCCCCAGUUUCUCAGUGUGUUCAGUGGGUGGAUGAUGCCAAGCUGAAUCAGCUGAGGAGGGAAGGUAUCCGCUAUAUCCGGGCACAGCUCUGCGACGAUGACAUUUACUUCAUCCCAAGGAACGUCAUCCACCAGUUCAAGACUGUGUCCGCAGUCUGCAGCCUGGCCUGGCACAUCCGCCUCAAACAGUACCACUCAGCAGGAGACAAAGACGCCAAGGAGGAGCAGCAGCCCAAAGAUCUCAGCCCCACUUCAGGCAAAGUCUCCUUUUGCUCCCCCGCUAGACCAGAUUCCACCCUUACCCCCUGCUCACGACGGCAAGCGGACAACAUCCAUGGUGGGGUGGCCAAAACUGAGGAACCAGAGGUUCAGAGGCCGGCAACACCAUCAAAGGAGCCUCACCCAGCCCCUCCUCAGCCCACCAAAUCUACUCACCUUCCCCACCUUUACGCCACCUCUGUCCGCUCUGGGUGCAAACCUUCGAAGGAGCCCUUGCUGCCAAAGGCUAACGGCCACACGACAAAGAUCCCCAAAUGAUCCGACCCCCCCCCUCCACCCACCCAUCCCCGGCAGCCCUUCUUUCCGCCUGCCGUGGCAGGAAGUAUUUAAAGGAAUUUUAGACUAAAUUUGACAACUGAGUCAAUCAGGAAGAUUUUCAACAUAAAUUAUUCUUCAGUUUUUUAAUCUCAGAAUAUUGGUGUGUUUUGUCUUGUUUUUUUAACCUACUGUAAUGUUAUUGUUUAAUGGGACAGAAUAAUAUAUUUAGUUAUUGGAUGUAAAGAAUCUUAUUAUUUUUAAACUGACAUUGUAUAUUGCCACACUUGCUGUAUGAAAGAAGUUCUUGUUUUAUUACACAGCGAAUUUGUUUCUCAAACCUAAUUUAUCCAUUAACAUGGAUGUAUUCUUAGAAACGUCAGCAGCAUGAUCUUGCCAUGUUAUCAUUUUUAAAGUCUGAGCCUUAUGAAGUUAGUUCUGUGUAUUUUUAUUGAAUGGAUUUGGAAACAUAGGCAGCUGUGUGCAGUGGGCUCGUCAUAUAUUGGACACGAUUAUGUUGUAGUUUAGCUGGGCUCCCUUUACAUCGGAUUAACGUUAGAAAUCCCCCAGAACCUGGUCGAUCUGCAUCGUGACAAGACCUUCUAAGGUACAUGAUGAACAGUGUUGUUUAAAAAACGUUGCUUACUGCAUGCACAAAAUGUCGGUGGUUUGACCGUUGUAGCUCAUCAUCAUGGUGGCAGCAUAUCCGGGUACCGCCAGCCUUUUGGCAAUAGUGGUAGAGUAUCCGUGGCAUGCGACACAAAUUCAGGUGUGUGGUUUGGUCAUCAGAGAAUUGGUAGCAGUUUAUUGCAACACAUCCUUCACCACAGCUGCUAUGCAGUUUUUUAUGUGGCUGCAUUUCAGAUGCAAAGUAUGUUUCUAAAGCAGUCUAAGAAAAUAAAAGCCCUAGAAUUGUAUUUAGAGAAGAAGAGCUAAAAGCUCAUGCUAUGGAGGAGGUAUCUUCUUCCACAGCAAGGCUGAAAAUGAUAGAGGUGGAGAAGUCUCUCAAAUUUAAAGGGAUGUUCCACAAUUUGUGAUUAAACAGCAUGGUGUAGAUUUGAUACUUGAUCAAAUCUGCAGUAGGCUUCAAACUGAAACAAGGUUUUCCAGGUGCUGAGGUCUAACGAUGCUCAAAGCGUCGCUGAAAUCCUCGAGGCCGUUUUUAUCCGCUGUGAAGUGGGCCCAAGAAUUUAAGAUAAUUCUUCUCCCUCUUUAAAAGCAACAUGCAUUUAUUUUAUUCCACUUGAAGCAGUUAAAUCUUGUUUUGCCAGGUAUGAGUUUGAGUUUUAUAAAUUCCUAAUUCGGACAUUGUCUGUUCUGUGAACAUAUGCUUUCAUUUGUACCAUUUUUGAUAUUUAUUUUCUCCAGAUUAAUCUUAGCAGAUUUGGAUUUCUUAUCCUGUAGCUUUUAAUUACAAAGGAAUUGCAAAAGUUGCACUUAGCAAUAAUAAUCUUUGUCAUUUCUUCAUGUUUAGAAUGAAAUUGGUGUACAUGUUGUCGUUAGAACUAAGAUUAUGUGAAUGUUGUGAUGGUUCUAUUUCUUUCAUUAAAAUCCUACGUAAUCUUUA